UCAGCGCAUCUCCCCAUCGCCAUUGCUGCCAUUUUUGUUCUCGCUCGAAACUGUAAUUGAAUUUCAAUUUUAAUUAGGGAAAGCUAAUGUAUGGGCUGAGGGUUUGGAGUGACCCACAGCAAAUUGGAAAGUGAAAUCUGCAUUUAUGCAAAGAUUCUGCUACGAUCUGGUCAUGUCGAUUUGUUUGAUUUCCUUGUUCGGUAUUUUCGAUGAUUGGGAGCUUCGAUCGCUAAUCUACGCUCCGUAAUUUCUUCAAUCGAGAGGAGUUUUUGAUUUGUUUUGUGAUUUUGAUUUCUGGUGUGUUUUUUUCAAUUUGGGGAUUUUUAGAGUUUUGGCUAUGGCGGGAUGCGAUUUCUGCGGCGAACGGCCGGCGAUUCUGUACUGCAGAGCAGACAGCGCUAAGCUCUGCCUGUCAUGUGACCAGCACGUGCACGCGGCGAACGCGCUGUCGAAGAAGCACGUUCGGUCUCAGAUCUGCGACAACUGCGGCGGAGAGCCGGCGUCGGUGCGUUGCGCCACCGACGGCCUGGUGCUCUGCCAGGAGUGCGAUUGGGAUGCGCACGGGAGCUGUUCCGUCGCGGCGGCGCACGAUCGGUGCCCUAUCGAGGGGUUCUCCGGCUGUCCGACGGCGGUCGAGCUCGCGGCGUCGUGGGGGCUGGAAAUUGUGGAGGAGAAGACGAAGAAAACGACGUCGUAUGAGUGGAACGGCUUGAUUGAAGAGCUGAUGGUUCCGAAUUCCAGCUCUGUGAUUUACUCCAACUGCGGCGGCGAAUUGAUGAAGAAGAUGAGAAACCCUAGCUGCGGGAAGCAGAAGCAGGUGAUUCUGAAGCAAUUGCUCGAUUUAAUGGCGGAUGGAGAUCCCGAAGGCGACGGCGAGGAUGUGGAGCCACGGACGCCGAGCAGCGGCGCGUGGAGGCAGGCGCCGGAGAAUUUUGGGGUUCCGAACGAGGAAGCGCCGCCGGCGCCGGCGCCGGCGCCGGCGCACGGCGGAGGAUUCACGUCGCUGCUAAUGAGUCAAACGACAUCGCAUCAGAAAGGUAACAACAUUCAUUGGAACGGCGGCAAUUGUGAGCAGCAGGGGACACAGAUAUGGGACUUCAAUCUCGGGCGUUUAAUGGGCCACGACGAACCGGGCAACGUCGACUACACAGGAAACGAAACGAUGUACAGCGUGAAAACCUACGGCGAGCUGCUGCAAGAAGCGUCGUCGGCGAAGCGACGAGGCGUCGACAGUUUCAAUCCGCAAGACGACGUCAUUCCUUUCAGCAAUCCCGCGAACAACCCGACGCAAAGCCAGGGCCUGGCGACAUCCGAGAGCAACAAUCUGCCGGAUUCGGGUUUUAACAGCUCGAAAAGCCUCCAAUUUUCGGACAAGUCAAUCCUAAUAAAAACCGAUAGCGCUGCGGCCGGAAUGACGAAGGUGGAGAUGGAGAUUCUGGCGAAGAAUCGAGGCAACGCGAUGCAACGUUACAAGGAAAAGAAGAAAACCCGAAGAUACGACAAGCACAUACGCUACGAAUCGAGAAAAGCAAGAGCUGACACGCGGAAGCGCGUCAAGGGCAGGUUCGUAAAAGCCAGCGAAGCUCCGGCGGGAUGAACGAUCAAAAUCGAACAAAUGAUCGAUCGAUCGAACGCCCGAUUUUGCCUAUAUCAUGUACAUACCAUCCUCCCUCCACCGUCGUCGUCGUUUCGGAUCCCCCGAAAAAACAAGAUGUUGUGUGAUUUCUCGUCUUUACAUUUCAUCGUGUAGAUGCCUUGUGUUUGCGAAAAAUACACUUUUCGACAGCUCGGUAACGUUAUCACUUUUCGACAGCUCGGUAACGUUAUCAAUAAUCGAAAGAUUAUGGUUUAGAUGUUAUGCGAUCUCCCGAUAUAGUCGAUGGAUUUUAUUCAUGUAUGACAUUGUCGAACACAUGACGAAACACGAAAUCGUCUUCUUUGAGUUUUAUUACAAGAUCAAUCUACUUAGAGAUAUACAAAGAGUGUACCUUUUUUGGACA